CCAAGCAAUCCCGACUCUGCGCGACAGUGUGUGCGCGCGCACGCGGCAGAGCACCGACGGGCUUUACGGCAGUAGCUUGAGCGCGAGACCUUGGCCCGCGGCCUCAGUUCGCACGUGGCGUCCGUGAAGGCAAGGUGGAUCUGACCCUUCUUCUGCUCCUGAGGUGUCCGCUGCCAGGAUGAAGCGGCCGAAAUUAAAGAAAGCAAGCAAACGUAUGACCUGCCAUAAGCGGUAUAAAAUCCAAAAGAAGGUACGAGAACAUCAUCGAAAGUUAAGAAAGGAAGCAAAAAAACGGGGUCACAAGAAGCCUAGGAAGGACCCUGGGAUUCCAAAUAGUGCUCCCUUUAAAGAAGCUCUUCUUCGUGAAGCUGAGCUAAGGAAACAACAGCUUGAAGAACUAAAGCAGCAGCAGAAACUUGAUAGGCAAAAAGAACAAGAAAAGAAAAGAAAACAUGAAGUUGACCCUGGUGACGAACAAUCUAAUGUGGAACCUCAGCAGGAGGUUGAAGAACCCAAAAGGAAGAAAGCUAAAUCAGGCAAACAGAAUCCAAAGAAGUUGCAUUGUCAGGAACUUAAAAAGGUGAUUGAGGCCUCCGAUGUUGUGUUAGAGGUUCUGGAUGCCAGAGAUCCUCUUGGUUGCAGGUGUCCUCAAGUAGAAGAAGCUAUUGUCCAAAGUGGACGUAAAAAGCUGGUACUUGUAUUAAAUAAAUCAGAUCUAGUACCAAAAGAGAAUUUGGAGAACUGGCUAAAUUAUUUAAAUAAAGAAUUGCCAACGGUGGUGUUCAAAGCCUCAACAAACCUGAAGAGCAGAGAGAAAAUGCUCAAGGUAAAGAAGAAGAAGACUGUUCCAUUCCAAAGUAAAAUCUGCUGUGGCAAGGAAGCCCUUUGUAAGCUUCUUGGAGGUUUUCAGCAGUCGUGUGGAAAAGCUAUUCAGGUUGGAGUAAUUGGUUUCCCAAAUGUGGGGAAAAGCAGCAUCAUUAAUAGCUUAAAACAUGAACGGAUAUGUAAUGUUGGAGUUCCCAUGGGACUUACAAGGAACAUGCAGAUUGUCCCUUUGGACAAGCAGAUCACAGUCAUAGAUAGUCCAUGCUUCAUUAUCUCACCAUCGAACUCCUCUGCUGCACUUGCUCUACGGAGUCCAGCAAGCAUUGAAGUCCUAAGACCAGUAGAGGCCGCCAGUGCUGUUCUCUCCCAGGCUGACAGUCAACAGGUGGUGUUAAGAUACACUGUCCCAGGGUAUAAGGAUGCUCUGGAUUUUUUUACUAAACUUGCUCAGAGAAGAGGUCUGCACCAAAAAGGUGGAAGCCCAAAUGUUGAAAGCGCUGCUAAAUUGUUAUGGUCUGAGUGGACAGGUGCCUCAUUAGGUUACUACUGCCAUCCUCCUACACCCUGGACUCCUCCUCCACAUCUCAGUGAAAUUACUGCAGCAAACAUGAAGAAGGGCUUUAAUCUAGAAGAACUAGAAACAAAUAAUGCACACAGCAUCCAGGUUCUCAAGGGCCCUCAUUUAACUAAUAGAAUCCUUUUCCGGUCCUCGGGCCUGACAAAUGCAAUAAUAGAAGAAGCAGACAUACCUGAAGAAUUGCCAAGACAGAAAGAACACAAACAGGAUGGUGAAGAUGAAGGAAGUGUUGAUGGUGAAAACAAUGCAGAGAACUCGGAUGUACCCUGUACCCCUAUAGAAGACAACAGGGAAUUAACUGUGGAGUCAACAGCAAGUAAACCAUCUGACAGAUCAUUUACCUUGGAUAAAAUGAGUGAAGAGGAUGAUGAUGCCUACGACUUUAAAACAGAUUAUGUAUAACUGCUACAGAUGUUAGAUGUCUGCAGUGCCCCAGAUUGAUAUGACACAAACUGUAAAUCUUGUGAAUAUGUAUCAUGUUAUGUACAUUAAAAACAAACUA